CCUUUUCAGCUGUGCCUACUUUUUCAAAUUACCAGUACUAAUUAACAAAUGAGUCUUACGAUUUUUCGCUACUCUUUUAGUUGUAGGGUUUGGGAGUACCACAUUAGUCAUUACAUAUACUACUAUAUAUGUCAGCAGCAGCAGCCAACCAACUGCAUAUUUUUCUUGUUAAAUCCGAAAAUCUUGGCAUAUUAAAUACGAAUUCCUGACGGGUUUACCGAAGACCAUUUUGCCUAAACACUUGACAAAUCUCUUGUUCUUCCUUUAGAGUUCACUAUUUUUCUUGAUUGAUGCGACCUUCGAUUUUUACAUAAGUUUUGAUUUUUUUGGUUGCUACAAGUUUUGGUUUUUUCCGCUCUUCCUUAAAUUUAGCAAGUUUUGAUAUUUAUAGGAAUUAAGAGAUCAUGGCUGUUGUGGGAGAUUUAGCAGCCAAGUUUGGUGGGAUGAUCAAGAAAGAGGGGGCUGUUGAUUUCAAGAAGGGUGUAUUUGGUGUCCCAAUUAAGUGGAAUGGAGUUUGUGCACUUAAUUAUAGGAAGUUGAGAGCUGGUGAGUCUAGAAUUGGUAGAGUAGAGGCAGUGAUGCAAGUGGGAGUGGAGAGUGCAGGGGUUAGUCAGGAUUCGAAGAGUUUGGGAGGGGCUUUGGGGUUUGAUGUGGUUACAGAAGUGGAAUUGAGGGAGAAGGGGUUCUUGGGGUUGAGGAAGACGAAGCUCGUGUGCACGAUAGGGCCCGCGUGUUGCUCUUCGGAUGAACUGGAGAAGCUGGCAAUGGGAGGGAUGAAUGUGGCUAGGCUCAACAUGUGUCACAACACUAGAGAGUGGCAUCAGGAUUUGAUUAGGAAGAUUAAGAAGUUGAAUGAAGAAAAGGGGUUUUGUGUGUCUUUGAUGAUUGAUACAGAAGGUAGUCAGAUUCAAGUGGUUGAUCAUGGCGCUCCUUCCUCUGUUAAAGCAGAGGAUGGCUCAAUUUGGUUCUUUACCAAUGAAAAAUUUGAGGGUUCGCGUCCAUUUACGAUUCAAGCAAAUUAUGAAGGUUUUGCUGAAGGUAUACAAGUGGGCGAUGAAAUUGUAUUUGAUGGAGGAAUGGCAACCUUCGAAGUGGUGGAAAAGGUUGGGAAUGAUCUGCGUUGUAAGUGCACGGACCCUGGCUUGCUCUUGCCACGAGCUAAACUAAGUUUUUGGAGAGAUGGAAAGCUUGUUGAGAAAAGUUAUCAGCUUCCUACUCUGUCACCUAAGGAUUGGUCCGACAUAGAUUUUGGGAUUUCUGAAGGUGUUGAUUUUAUUGCUAUGUCAUUUGUGAAUGAUGCUGAUGCUGUCACACAUCUGAAGAACUACAUUGCCACCAAAUCCUCCAAAUCAAUAGAAGUAUUGGCAAAGAUAGAGAGUAUGGAGGCUCUUCAUAAAUUGCACGAAAUUGUUGCAGCUUCUGAUGGAAUCAUGAUAGCAAGGGGAGACCUUGGUGUCGAAAUACCACUAGAACAAAUUCCAACGGUACAGGAGGAAAUCACUUACAUAUGCAGGCAGCUUAACAAGCCAGUGGUGGUAGCUUCUCAGCUUUUGGAGUCGAUGGUCGAAUAUCCUACCCCAACAAGAGCUGAGGUUGCUGAUGUCUCAGAAGCGGUUCGGCAAUAUGCUGAUGCAUUGAUGCUCUCUGGAGAGUCGGCUAUUGGACCAUUCGGGCAGAAAGCUCUGUCUGUGCUGCGGAUGACCAGUAGUCGGAUGGAACUGUGGAGUCGUGAAGAGAACAGGCAAGACGUCCUGUUACAGCAUAACCUCGGAGCAUCUUUGCCAGACCAAAUUGCUGAGCAAAUCUGCAAUUCUGCUGCAGCAAUGGCAAACAACUUGGGGAUAGAUGCUAUUUUCGUGUACACAAGGCACGGUCGCAUGGCAUCAGUGAUCUCACGCAACCGUCCAAAUCCUCCCAUAUUCGCGUUCACAAACGACAGCAGCACGAGGAUGGCCCUCAAUCUACACUGGGGAGUCACUCCACUUCUGGUGGAUCUUUCAGAUGAUAUGGAAGCUAACAUCACCACAUCUGUCAAUCUUUUGAAGACCAAAGGGUUGAUCAAGAAUGGAGAUACGGUGCUCGUCGUCUCCGACAUCAUUCCCACCUCCACAACGCAAACUGUGUUUCAGUCCAUUCAGGUCAAAACUAUUGUCUAAGUGUGUUUCAGUCAUCUAUUAGUCUCUUGCUUGGAUUUUAGAUAGUUUGUUUUUCUGCUUCAGGCAUGUUUGAAUUUCAAGUUUAAUUAAUUGAUGUACACACUCUCUCUCUCUCUCUCUCUCUCUGUGUCAAUGCAUAGAUGCAAGAAAUGCUCAAUCAUGUAGUGCCAAUUUCCGAUAAGAUCAAGAAAAUUAUAUAUGCAAAUUGUUUCAUUGGGUGACCAAA